AUGGCCCAUGGAUCACUGACAUUCAGUGAUGUGGCCAUAGGCUUCUCUCAGCAGGAGUGGGAAUGUCUUGACUUCGUUCAGAAGACUUUGUACCGGGAUGUGAUGAUGGAGAACUAUGGUAACUUGGUCUCACUGGGCCAUUCCAUUUCUAAGCCAAAUGUAAUUACCUUACUGGAGCAAGGAAAAGAACCCUGGAUGUUUAUGAGAGAAAAAACAAGAAGUUGGUGUACAGCUCUAAGAGAGGUCUGGAUCCUCCAUAUCUAUUUGGACUCAAGAUAUGAAAUAAUCUGCAAUGGAAAAACAUACAUUUAUACAAAACGUUCAUCUCUUACUCUACAUCACAGAAUUGAUAAUGGAGAGAAACCAUAUGAAUGUAAGGAAUGUGGGAAGGCCUUUAGUCGUCAUACAGACCUAAGAGUACAUCAAGUAAUUCAUACUGGUGAGAAACCAUAUGAAUGUAAGGAAUGUGGCAAGGCGUUUAGUCGUCAUACAGACCUAAGAGUACAUCAAACAAUUCAUACUGGUGAGAAACCAUAUGAAUGUAGGGAAUGUGGCAAGGCCUUUAGUCGUCUUACAGACUUUAAAGUACAUAAGAGAAUUCAUACUGGUGAGAAACCCUAUGAAUGUGAAGAAUGUGGGAAGGCCUUUAGUCGUGCCUCAAACCUUGCUCAACAUGGAAGAGUUCAUACUGGUGAGAAAUCCUAUGGAUGUAAGGAAUGUGGGAAGGCCUUUAGUGACGUUGGAACACUUAGAAUACAUCAGAGAAUUCAUACUGGUGAGAAACCCUAUGAAUGUAAGGAAUGUGGGAAGGCCUUUAGUCAAGCCUCAAACCUUAUACAACAUGACAGGAUUCAUACUGGUGAAAAACCCUAUGAAUGUAAAGAUUGUGGGAAGGCUUUUAGUCAUGCUUCACAUCUUGUUAGACAUGAGAGAAUUCAUACUGGUGAGAAACCCUAUGAAUGUAAGGAGUGUGGAAAGACUUUUAGGAGUAGCCAUCAACUUACUAUACACCACAGAUUUCAUACUGGUGAGAAACCCUAUGAAUGUAAGGCAUGUGGGAAGGUGUUUAGUGUGUAUGGACGCCUUACUCGACAUCAGAGUAUUCACAGUGGUGAGAAACCUUUUGAGUGUAACAAAUGCGGGAAGUCCUUUAGGCUCAGUUCAAGCCUUAAAGUACAUCAGAGUAUUCACACUGGUGAAAAACCCUUUGGAUGCCACAAAUGCGGGAAGUCCUUUAGACUUAGUUCAAUGCUUAAGGUACAUCACAGAAUUCAUACUGGAGAGAGACUUUAUGGGAUAUAUGUAUAUCGACGAGGUGUCUUUGACUUCGGGCCUUUUUUCCGUGUCCCUCGUUGCGCGCUGCGCGAGUGGCACCCGUCCGAGGAAGAAACCGGCGUGGGUCGCCGCGGAAACGACUAUGCAGACGUAGCCCGAGCCCGUGGGGGACGACAGAGGCUGUGCAUCAGCGGCCUGCGUGCGCAGCUGCCCCUUUGUGGUUAUAAAGGGGCUCCUCGAGCCUUGUACGACGCCAGUGCCCGAGCCCCACCAGGCCUGAUGAAGCCACAAAGCAAAACCUUUUAUAAAAACACCGGUGGUAGGAAACAGAGCAGACAGUACCCAGACAUUUCUCUGUCUUCUUACUGCACCACCCCUCACAGAGGCAAACAGGCAGGGCGGCCACUGGAAGCGCUGAGACAGUGCGCCCCGGCCCCCCUCCCUCUUGUAUCUGCCUUCGGUGUAGAGUACCUGAGGAAACCGAUAUCUGGAGCGGGUUGGUCUGGACGCACGUCUGAGUCGCAGCAAUCGCUCCCUUCCGCGCCGCCCAGCCCUCUGCGAGGGCCUCACUCCCACCGUACUUGGGCCCGGAAGCGCCACGACCGCAUUUCGGCGGGAAAGCACGCGAGACCCACCGACUACGCGUGCGUGUGGGCACGGGGGCGGACUAGGACUAACGCGGAGACCAGGAGUGAGGAACGCGCGUGCCCACGCUGGCGACAUGCGUCGCCGACCCAAGGGCCCUGCUCCACCCCACACUCCACUUACCACACCCGAAGCCCCGCGAGGCUCGCUUCGCCUCCUCCCGCUCGACGGCUUCCUUCCUUGGGUUUUCUUGAUCUCUCAGGCACUCUUCUGCCUUCUUUCUCCACGGGUCUCGAGGAUUUCCCCCUCUUCAGUUUGGAGACACCAGAAGCGAGGGACAGGGAGAACGGUGUGAAAGGGUGGCUAGUAAUGCGCGAUCUCCCUCAGGGCGGGAGACUUCGUCCCUCCGGGCAGGGGUCUCAGAACAACACCCACGACGGCAAAUGGACUCCUAGUUUGGGCCGGAGAGGCGGGACUGCAUUUCCCAGCGUCCGUGCAGCGCUUCCUAGGCUAGGCCUCUCUCCGUCUCCUGGGGACGAGGUGGCUAGAGGAUUGGAUUUUCCAGUGUGCAGCUCUGUCCGGCGCUGGGGAAACUGCAGUUUCCAAUACCAUCCGUCCCAGGUUCCGUAA